CUACCCGGGACCGGCGGCCGCCGCCGCGCACAGCCCGCGCCCUCUCCCGCGCCGCGUCCGCCCGUCCUCCUGCCCCGCCAUGAAGUUGAGCAGCCGCGGCCGGGGAUGCUGCGCGGGCGGCAGCCGGGAGCGCGGGCCGCCGCCGCGGAGCCCCUUCGUGCACCAGCUGCGCUUCAGCCCCCUGGAGAAAGCCAAGAUUGCCUUCAUGACCUUGACUCUGUUUCCUAUCCGACUCUUUUUUGCUGCUUUUAUGAUGUUGCUGGCCUGGCCUUUUGCUUUCAUUGCUUCAAUGGGAUCUGACGAGCAAGAGCUUGAAAAGCCCCUCUCCUGGUGGCGAAAGAUAGUGGCUAUCUUGCUGAAAGCAAUAAUGAGAAUGAUGUGGCUUGCUGGUGGAUUCCACUGGAUAAAUAUAAAAGGCAGACGGGCAUUGCCAGCAGAAGCAGCAAUAUUAACAGUGGCUCCCCAUUCUUCCUACUUUGAUGCCAUUCCAGUAACUAUGACCUUCGCCUCCAUUGUGAUGAAAGCAGAAAGCAAAGAUAUUCCUGUUUGGGGAACUCUGAUCAAAUAUAUCCGACCAGUAUUUGUAUCUCGGGCAGACCAGGAUUCUCGCAGGAAAACUGUUGAAGAGAUAAAGAGGCGUGCCCAGUCUGGUGGUAAAUGGCCACAGAUAAUGAUAUUCCCAGAGGGCACUUGCACAAACCGAUCCUGUCUAAUUACAUUCAAACCUGGAGCGUUUAUUCCUGGGGUUCCUGUGCAGCCGGUUGUUUUACGUUAUCCAAACAAACUGGACACAAUCACAUGGACAUGGCAAGGGCCAGGAGCGUUUGAAAUUCUGUGGCUUACUUUAUGUCAAUUUCACAAUUCUGUGGAAAUCGAGUUUCUACCCGUGUAUAUUCCUUCAGAAGAAGAAAGAAAAAAUCCAGUCUUGUAUGCCAAUAACGUCAGACGUGUAAUGGCAGAGGCGUUGGGAGUUUCAGUGACAGACUACACAUUUGAAGACUGUCAGCUGGCUUUGGCUGAAGGACAGCUUCGUCUACCUUCAGAUACGUGUCUUUUAGAAUUUGCAAAGCUUGUGAGGAGCCUUGGGCUGAAGCCAGAAACACUUGAAGAUGAUCUCAAUAAAUAUGCUGCAAGUGCCAUGAAAAUGAAGAAAGAAAAGGUUGAUCUCAAAGAAUUUUCAGCCUACUUGGAAUUUCCAGUUUCUCAGACAUUAGAAAGUAUGUUUUCACUUUUUGAUGAGAAUGAAGAUGGUGUAAUUGACAUUCGGGAAUUUGUCAUUGCUCUGUCAGUUGUCUGUAAGCCAUCCAAAACUCUGGAAACAAUUCAGUUGGCAUUUCAGCUGUACCAGUCAGGAGGCGGAACUGUAACAGAAGAGGAUUUAGCUUGUAUUCUCAAGACUGCCAUGGGCGUGUCACAAAUUGAUGUUACACAUCUUUUUAGAGCUGUAGAUGAAGAAGAAAAAGGAAAGAUUACAUAUGAUGACUUCUACACAUUUGCUGUGUUGCACCCACACUUUGCAGAAGACUAUCUCUAUGCUGAUCAUAUGGGAGCUGAGAGCGGCUUGGAGACUUCAUCUCUUUCUGCACCUAAUGGUAUCUGUACUGACUUCAGCCCUGACAAUAGUGGAGAUCGAAAGAAGCCCUUGCAGAAGAAACUAAAUUAACACUACAACUGUUACCUUCCUCUCCUGGUGAGAGGGUUGUAUUUUCUUGGGAUUUUCAUAAGUCACUCCAAUUAUACAACAAAUAUCAGUUUUGUGUGUGAAAGUUCUACCUGAAUACCAUCCUUUGAAUCAUAUGUGCUAUAUUUAACAACAUGUUCCAGGUUACUUUGGGAAGGGUGUUUUUAUUUUUUUUGAAAAGAUCUUUGAAAGGCAAAAAUGUGAAUGUGCUUCAUUGUUAAUGUUCAUAUUUAAAAGGAAGCGGCACAACUUAUUUAUAUUCCAUUGGCUAGUUCCAUGUACAAAGUGUCGCACAAACUGUGCAUGUAUAAAGAAACUGUAGCUACUAUGGUGUAAAGUGCACUUUGGUGAUUAGUGUUUUCCCUAGUUAUGGGGAUGUUUAUCUGGGGCCAAACUGUGCUGUCCAUAUCUGAAUAGUCAGUCUUGUUGAUUUCAGUGGGAUUAUUCUCUUGAGCAAGGCAAGCAUACUUUGGCCCUUUGUUUUGGUUUCAGUGAACAGUUUGGAAACAGUAAUACAAAAACUUGCUAAGGAUUACUUUUUAUUUUUAUUGCUGAAUGACGAAAUUGUUUCUCUUUCCAUGGUAGAAUGAAAAGGAAAGGCUCCUUACCCCUCACCCCCCAACACUUUUCUACUGUAAUCUUCCGGAUGCAAUUAAACAUGAAUUCUUUCCAAACUGA